AUGACGGGAAGCUAUGUCGCGCUCGACGUUCUAGCAAGUGACAAAGCCGGUGGGAACUCGACCCCGCCUCCUCCAGACAAGAACUUUCCGACAACAAGUACAAUUAGGGUCGAUGACAGACAUCCACGAGAUCCCCAUCAACGAGCAUCGCGCAUCCACCGCCUUCUCUGCCUACCAAUGGCACUGCAUGUCGCCGUACUUGUCAUCCAUAUUGUUCUCUGCGUCGUUUGGGCUACACAUGUGGGGCUUAGCAUGCAAGUGCCCUUGACGAAGGCGUCGUAUACGCAGACAUGGCUCAACCUGAUCAGUCACCUUGUCAUGCUUGCAUUCUCUACAGCUAUCGUCGCCCUCAUGCAGCGGAUCGUCACCAACUCUGUUCUCAGCACCCUGCCACAACCCCUCACAUCGGUAUCCGACAGACUCACUGCGUGGACCGGGCUUGGAUCUUCGCUGCUCAACGUUUACCACAACCUGAACUUCGAAGUCACUCUUCGAAACUCGAUCUUCAUCGCGCUAUACUUCUCCGUGCUCUCGGGGCUGAACAUCAGCUCAUCCCUCCUCUUCAAUGUUCCUCCCGCCAACGAGACCAACACCAUACCGGAUAUCUCACUUGAGGGCGGAACACCCAGCAUAGUGAACGCGGCCGUAUACCUCGGAUCCAGAUGCUCCUCGGAUGGUUCACCCUUGGAUGUCCCGAGCCUUAUCUACGACUGGUACCGCGCCGGCCUGAGUGUCGAAGCUCUCAAUGGUCGCGACUCCAUCAACUUCCCUGGCUUGAGCGGCAAUCGCAUCUUCGACACCGUCGGGGUGUACUCCGGUUCAAACGCGUCUGUCAAUGCCGGAUACACGGACUUCCACGUACAAUGCGGGGGUGUACCUGAGGUGUCAAUCUCGGCGACCAACCUGGGCUUGUCGAACAGCACGUCGUACUCACCAUACUUUGCCAAUGCGUCUUUGGGAUCGUCCGCUACCCAGAUAGCUGGCAACGAUACCUAUCGUGUUCUCCUUUCGAUCAACUACACGCUCGGUACUACGCCCAUGCAGCUGUACGAUACCCUCUCACUUCCUGUUGGCCUUGGAGCCUACGUUGCCGGCCGACUAUGGCAACCAUCAAACAUCUUGAUGCGCGUUCCACACAGCGACGUUGUCCAAGGCAUUGGAAGGAACCUCAUCCUGUACAACAUAUAUAACGACACCGGCCCUGCUUACGAGAAUGAAGCGGCCAUCCUCGACUCGCAGGGCUCAAAGGGCUCGCCCUGGGCCUUCGAGGUCGCGAAUGCGAACGACGCUCCCACGUCCGGAUUAAGGGUCCAAGUCAUCGGCUGCUCGUUAUCCACCAGCACGGGGAGAACAUCCAUAAACCCUUCCACGAAUCAACUACUGGGCGGUCAGGACUCGGGCAAAGCUAGUAACAGCACCUGGGCAAACUGGAAGCCGGAUCUCACGAGAGAGAAUGCGCUCGAGGAUACGUGGGCCUCUAUGUUCCUCCCUAACAUCGGUUCACCAGGCAUCUGGGACAGUUCUCUUGUCCCUGUAUCAGAGACCGCCCAAUGGUCUUGCCUAUCGAUGCUCUCGCAGUCAGGGUCAAACAGCACGGCAAGCACAUGGAGUGCGGAGCAGUUAGAGGACAUGUACAAGAAAUGCCAUGCGCCGACAAUCAUCGAAGACUAUCUCACAAACCGUGUUUUCAGCCGUUCGCAGGGGGAGGAGAACACCGCGACUCUUCGCAAUCUGGAGUCCGCGCUCGAGGGUGCUACCGCCAUGGCGAUGCAGUCGGCGGCGCGGUCAGACACUCUGACUAUAACUUGCCCGCAGUCGGGUAGCGCUUCUGACGCACUCUCCGACGUAGGAGCGAGGCAAACCGUAGUUGGAGGGUCAGUCACAAACGCCGAUCUCGUUCAGCAGGAACUCGUUGGGCGCGUAACGUUCAACGCUGUGGCUCUAAUAGCCGGUACGGUCCUAUCGGCAAUCCUCGUCUCCUUAGGAGCGUAUGUCCUUCUCAUGGAGGACACUGCGCAUACGACGGACACCGCGCCGAUCAAUGAUGCGGGGCUUCUGAGCCUGAUGUCAUUGGACAAUUCGGCCGUUGCUGCGCGUUUGUCUUCGAGAGGAAUGAACAGCGCGUUUACACGACGGCGCGCGGGAAGGUUCCUGGUUGAGAUUGUUGAUGGUCGUUUGGUGCCGGUCGAAGAGCAGGUGUAG